AUGGACUCGAAAAAGACAGGAGCAGUUAAGUACUGGUUCCAACAGCUAUUGAAAAUCAAGCUUGGAAUUAACGCAGUCGAUGGUUGGGCUCCUCUCUACAAACGUCACAUUCCAACAAUCACUCAUCUCUUGACAAAAGGUGAAUUUAGACUUUGUGAGGAGAGGUUGAGUGAAGAUUCAUAUUUAAAAGCAUAUAAGGCUUUGAAAGAUCAAGCAAUAGAUGCUUCUUUUCUGGAACACUUGAAACCAGAUUUGGCAGCUACGGGCGAUAAUUUUGAAGUGGCGAAAUUUUUGAUUAUUUUGCUAAACGAAUUACGAAUCAGUCGUGAAGCAGUUUUUGAGGAAGAUUAUGGGUUGACGGAUGAUCAAAAUGCUCAGAUCAAAUCUAUUCUUCAUUAUUUGGAAGAUCAAGAGAAUUGGGAUUCCUAUGAGUCAUGGCCAGCUGUACUUUUUGAAAGUGACAAUGAAUCGUGCAAAUCACAUAAUUUUAGUACUCCUAAGCUUUGGUCAGCAGAUUUUUCUUAUGAAAAUCUAAAGCUAUUUAAGAUUCAUUGGAGAAAUCGUGAAAUCGCAGUUAGCGAGAUAUCAAGCACAAAACGCAGUCCCCUGUCAGACAUCAUUUCUUCACCUCGUUCUCGUGAAUUAAGAAUAAUUCGAGACAAGGACCGAAAAAUAAAGGUUUUAAGUGAUCGAUGUAACUUGCUUGAAUAUGAAAGAGAUAAUAUGGAAAGCUGUUUAAGAACAGCAGAACAAGAAAUUGUAAAACUUGCGAAAAGCCUUAAUGAAGAAAGUAAUGUUAUCAAUGAAAAGGAUGCGCGAUGCCAAAUUUUGAACACAGAGUUAGAUGAAUGGCGGAUCAAGGCAUCUGCAUUUGAAGAAAAGAAUAACCAGCUUGAACAGCAAUUAAAAACCACCAAACAAGAAUUGUAUACUACUCAGAGGCAACUACGUGAGGCAGAGUUUGAUAUUUCAUCUAAACAAAGAACUGCUGACAGCUGGAAAAAAAGUGCAGCUUUAGAAGAACAAUGGCGCUUAAAAAUGGAAAGGGAGCGUGAGGAGCUCUUGCAGGAAUUGGAGACUUUGCAGAUCUCCAAAGUUGCUGGGGAAGAAAAAUUGCGACAGCUCAAAGCCGAUAAUGAAGCGGAAGUUUUUGAAUUACAGAACAUGAUUGAUGGACUUCGAUCAGAAAUAAGAGAAAUGCGACGAGAGAAGGAUGAAGUUUUAAUAAGUCAGAGUGAUAGAAUACGAGACAAAGAAUGUGAAAUUGCCAGCGUCAUUGCGGGAAUGCAAAAACAGCUUCGUGCUGCUGAAAUUUCCAAUGCAGGCAUUCAAAGUGUAGCUUUAGAAAUCAAAAAUUUUGCCGGAGAAAUUGAAAAUCGAAAGGCAGAAAUUCAGAGUAUACGACUGUUAUUUCCCAGCAUACAACGUGAAUAUCAAACACUGCUUGAAGAAAAUAUGCAAGAUAAAGCUUUAAUUAAGAGUUUGCAGAAUCAUAUAUCGAUUAGUGAAUAUCAGUCAAAAGCAUUAUCUGCUUCUUUGGAAGAUCAACGCAAAAAACAUUUGGAAGCCAUGACAGCAAAGCAAGAGAUUUUGAAUGAAAAACAGAAGAUGCUAUUAAAGCUUUGUAAUCAGCUUCAAAAUAGUUCAGAAUUUUCCCUCCAUUUACAGGAAGAACUAAAGCAGCGCAAUGCUGCUUAUCACGUUCUCGAGCAACGUCUUGCUUCCACCGAGGAAAGAUGCUCAACGCUUUCUCAGCGUUUCUCAUUAAGCUGUAGCACUUUAAACUGCAGUAAAGCAGAAGAAACAAUCAAACUUGGCACUCAUUUUUCUGACUUAUUGCAUGAGCACUGGAAAAUUGCAGAUGUUUCAAGUGGUGCGUUUCUUCAUGAAUAUCAUCCACUUCCUAAAGUUGAAGAUGAGAACGAUUUAAUGUCAUCAUCAUCUGUAAAUGGAGAUCUUUAUUUGUUGAAAGUGGAACCGCAGUGCUACAACUCCAUCGCUGCUAAUGAGCGAGAAGAAUACAGUACUUCUGUUGACAGUGAACGCAUAGUUGAAUUGAAUCGACGUAAUAAGACACUACCACCGCACAUGCGUUCUUCUUAUGCCACGGAGCUAACAUACGCUUCCAAUCGAUUUUCUUCGAAAAAUUUUGAAGAUGCUUUGAAAAAUUCUGAAAAUCUGGGAGUUUUCCUAUGCAAAGACAACAGCGAAUCUCCUAGUGCACCUUCUCCAUCCAAUUUAUCUAGAUCAAAGUACGCUUCGCGAUCUCUGCGCAGUGUUAGAAAGCAAUUCAAAAAAAUGCUACAAGAAGCGAGAAUGCCAAAAGAACGUACUCCAUUGAAAAUGAAAAAUUGGAAGGAGAUUGAUCUCUAA